GGUAGUCUUGGAGUAGUCACUUCCGUGCCAGGCUUCCGCGUGGUGGGCAGUGUGGACGUCCCAGCACUGCGUUCUGCCCGGAUAUUUACUGAGCACCGACUCUGCGCAAGUUGGGGGGGGGGGGUGUGGGCAGCAGACCAACCCUGCCCCUGCCUUGAAGAAGCAGAGAGACAGACCUGUCACCAGUGACAGCGAGUCAGGAUCAGGGCCAGUAUGGAGGCACACAUGCAGCUCUCGGGGCCCUGGGGGAGGCGCCCGACUCAGUGACUGGGGUCCAUAAAGUCUUUGAGGGAAGACGUUUAACAUGCACGUCAAACUUGACAUGUCCAAAUGGAAUUCCUGGUCUUCUCCCCUCAAAAAAUGGCCCCACCAUCCCCCUAGUGCUCAGGCCAGAACCUCAAAGUUACCCUUCAUCACUUUCUCUCGUCAUUGCCCCAGUCAGUCUGCCCGGCUUGACCCUAGGAGGCAGAGGUUGCAAUGAGCCAAAAUUGUGCCACUGCAUUUUAGCCUGGGUGACAGAGUGAGACUCCAUCUCAAAAAAUUAACACUUAAAAUAUUUUUUAAAGAAUGGAAAGAGAUGGGUGCUAGGCAGGACCUGAAAACAUGAAAAGGCCUCCCCAGAAGAGAAUUGAGCAGAAAAUCCAGGAGCACAGAGGAGGAGUGAGUCAAAAACGGGGGGAGGAAAUAUUCCAAGGGGUGCUGCAGCCAUCUGGGAGAGAGACAGACCUGACUAGGGUGCUGUCAUGGAGAUGGUCAGAAGGGUUUGGCUGUUUUUAAGCCAUAUUCAAAUAGGAUUUGCUAUUUCAUUUAAGUACCUGGAGUUUGAAAAGGUCCGGAGUUGGCAUUGCAGUUUGGUGCCACUCACUGGGAGCAUGACAAGUGUAAGGAGAGAAAGAGCAGUCCAGUCUCCUGAACCCCAAAGCUUCUGGCCUGAGCAGCUGGAUGGAUGGAGCUGCCUUGUGCUCCAGGAGAAGCCCGUUGGGUUAGAGGAAUCAGGAAUUUGGGUUUGGAGAUGCCUAUUAGACAUCUGCAUGGCACUGGCCUCUGCCCUCAGAGAAGUUAGAAACAGUAAAUACAGUCACAUAAAAUAAUUCCAAACAUUGUGGUAAGUCCUAGAAGCAAUGUGACCUGCCUGCUCUGAAUGGCAAGGAGACAAAGGCAUUCGUCCAGGCUGGAGGUGAUGGUGGCUUGGGGAAGGGAACUGAGCCUGGGGAGUUUUUGUGGGUUCACCAGGCAGACAGGACCAAGAUUUGACUGGAGGUUUGGAGUCUUGGAGUUUGGGUGGAGAAGGAUGAGGUAGGAAAGAAAACGGAUGGAAGUCAGAGAUGGGCUGAUCCAUGUCUUGAUGAGGCCACAUUAACUUGGGGAUUCUGAUACCAGAGCAGGUUUGAGUUCAAUCUUGGAGACCCACAUAUGCUUUCAUCCCCAAAACAGGUGCAACCCUAACUGGUCUCCCGAGGUGUGAUCCAGGCUACCUGCGUGUUCCCUGGAGAAGGUGAUCACCCUGCCUUUCACAGGAUGCAAUCAGAACCCACUCCUGGAGACAGUAUCAAACCCUACAGAGUGAAAUCAAUUGUCCUUUCCUGUUUUCCACCUUCCCCUGAACACAGCUUCAAUCCUCUGGCCUCCCUCUGCCCCGAGAGUCAUAAAUCCCUCACCUCCCAAGCUCUCUUAACAGCCCUGGUGGCCCAUGCCAAUGAUAUCUACCUUGUCUUUCUGAUCUGGGCUGUAACAAGGGUGGCCUCCCUGGAGGUUGUGACAAACGGUCCUUAAUAUACACCCCAUCCCUCUGGACAAGACACAACCUAAUCUUGGGUAUAACCUGUUUGUCCUCCCUCUCUUUAGCCCUGAAGCCAGAUUCUUAAGCUACUUCUCUUCUUGGUGCAUAAUGGUGCAAUCCAAGAAGCAUUCCCUAAGGCAGUGGCUUUCUUACACCAGGACCCACUUAUAACCGUCCUGUCUCCAGUGCUAGAAGAAGCCACUCCACUCGCGCACAAGUCUCCCUGGUCUAUUCCGGCCAGAGGUGCAAUCCUGACAAUCUCCCUGAAGGCAAGGACCCUGCAAUCCGGAAUCCACACGUAACCCACCUCCUCUCUCUCCCUGUUUAGGAGAAGCCGACGCCUCCCGCAAUGCCCGCCCCACCGUGUACCUCCUGCCACGCGGCACGAGCUGCCCUCCGCCGUCCACGCUCCGGCCAAGCGCUGUGCGGUGCCUGCUUCUGCUCAGCCUUUGAGGCCGAGGUGCUGCACACGGUGCUCGCGGGCCGCCUGCUGCCGCCUGGUGCAGUGGUGGCUGUGGGCGCCUCGGGCGGCAAGGACUCCACCGUGCUGGCGCACGUGCUGCGCGGGCUGGCGCCGCGCCUGGGCAUCUCACUGCAGCUCGUGGCCGUCGACGAGGGCAUUGGCGGCUACCGGGACGCGGCGCUGGCGGCCGUGCGGCGCCAGGCGGCGCGCUGGGAACUGCCGCUCACCGUCGUAGCCUACGAAGACCUCUUCGGGGGCUGGACAAUGGAUGCGGUGGCCCGCAGCACAGCUGGCUCCGGCCGCAGCCGCUCCUGCUGCACCUUCUGUGGGGUGCUGCGUCGCCGGGCGCUGGAGGAAGGGGCACGCCGCGUGGGAGCCACGCACAUCGUGACGGGUCACAACGCAGACGACAUGGCGGAGACCGUGCUCAUGAACUUCCUGCGGGGCGACACGGGGCGGCUGGCCCGGGGCGGGGGCCUGGGCUCCCCGGGCGAGGGGGGCGCCCUGCCGCGCUGCCGCCCGCUGCAGUUCGCGUCGCAGAAGGAGGUGGUGCUGUACGCGCACUUCCGCCGCCUGGACUACUUCUCCGAGGAGUGCGUCUACGCGCCCGAGGCCUUCCGCGGCCACGCCCGGGACCUGCUCAAGCGCCUGGAGGCGGCGCGGCCGUCGGCGGUGCUGGACCUCGUGCACUCCGCCGAGCGCCUGGCGCUGGCCGCGUCCGCUCGGCCCCCGCGCCCCGGCGCCUGCUCCCGCUGCGGGGCUCUGGCCAGCCGCGCGCUCUGCCAGGCCUGCGCGCUCCUGGACGGCCUGAACCGCGGCCGGCCCCGCCUGGCCAUCGGCAAGGGCCGCCGGGGGCUGGACGAGCAGGCGACGCCGGGGACGCCCGGGGAUCCGGCCCAGACCCCUACCCCAAAGGCCGUCCCCACCUUCUAGCGACUCCGGACCUCCCGCUGGGAUCUGACGCCCCCCCCGGGGUGGGGACUGCCUGUAAAUGACACUGUGAAUAAACCCCCAUUACCUUG